GCGGCGCAGGGCGGCCGCGAGGCUGUCUGUAGCAUCUGCGGUAGCCCGCGCCGCCCCCUGGCCGAGGCUCACCCCCGGCGAGCCCGAGCUCGAGCACGGCAGGCAGCUCGCGGCGCGGCGGCACGGGGCCCCAGGAAAGUUCCCAGCGCGAGUGCCGAGAUGCCGGGCAGCGACACGGCGCUCACCGUGGACCGGACCUACUCCGACCCGGGCCGGCACCACCGCUGCAAGAGCCGGGUAGAACGUCAUGAUAUGAAUACCCUAAGCCUUCCCCUGAACAUCCGCCGAGGCGGGUCGGACACCAACCUCAACUUUGAUGUACCAGAUGGCAUCCUGGACUUCCACAAGGUCAAACUCAGCGCGGACAGCCUGAAGCAGAAAAUUCUAAAGGUCACAGAGCAGAUAAGAAUCGAGCAAACGUCCCGCGAUGGGAAUGUCGCAGAGUAUCUGGAACUAGUCAGCAGCGCAGACAAGCAGCAGGCUGGCCGCAUCAAGCAGGUCUUUGAGAAGAAGAAUCAGAAGUCGGCUCAAUCCAUUGCCCAGCUGCAGAAGAAGUUAGAGCAGUAUCACAGAAAGCUCCGGGAGCUCGAGCAGAAUGGGGCCCCCAGGAGCUCAAAGGACAUUGCCAAGGACAACCUGAAGGACAUCCAGUCCCCUCUGAAGGAUGCCCAGGCCAAGGCUCGCACCGCUCCCCACAGCCUGGAGAGCAGUAAAUCGGGCCUGCCGGGGGUGUCCCUCACCCCACCCGUGUUCGUCUUCAGCAAGCCCAGAGAGUUCGCCAACUUGAUCCGGAAUAAGUUUGGCAGUGCCGACAAUAUCGCUCACCUAAGAAACUCCUUGGAGGAGUUCCGGCCCGAGACCAGCGCCAGGGCCUACGGGGGCAGCGCCACCAUCGUGAACAAGCCCAAGUACGGCAGCGACGACGAGUGCUCGAGUGGCACGUCAGGCUCCGCCGAUAGCAACGGGAACCAGUCGUUUGGGGCCGGGGGCACUGGCGCACUGGACAGCCAGGGCAAGCUCACGGCCAUCCUGGAGGAGCUCAGGGAGAUCAAGGACACCCAGGCGCAGCUGGCCGAGGACAUCGAGGCACUGAAGGCGCAGUUCAAGAGGGAGUAUGGCUUCAUCUCUCAGACCCUGCAAGAGGAGACAUACAGGUACGAGCGACUGGAAGACCAGCUGCAUGACCUCACGGACCUGCAUCAGCACGAGACGUCCAACCUGAAGCAGGAGCUGGCCAGCAUCGAGGAGAAGGUGGCCUACCAGGCCCACGAGCGGUCACGGGACAUCCAGACUCUCAGAAUGCUCCUGCCAGAAGAAUACUUAGACAGCAUCCCCCCAAACUGCCCCCUUUUACAGAUGGGGAAACCAAGGCUCAGCAACCUUGCCAAAGUCACACAGCUAAUGACACCAGAGCUAGACUGAAUCCAGACCUCCUGGUCCCCAGCCUCUUCCCACCACACUUCUGGUUUCGAAAUUUAGUGUUCCACAAAGAUCUCACCAAGGGGUCUGUGAAAAAUGCAGAUUUAUGAUACUGACUGCCCCCCCAACCCCCUAAUAGUGUCCUAAGGCUGAUGUAACUAAUUACCACAAACGUAGUGGCUUAAGACAGCACAAGUUUAUUAUCUAAAGCUCUGGAGGUAAGAAGUCCUCAAGUGGGUCUUACAGACGUAAAAGCAGGGUGUUAGCAGAGCUGAGUUCCUUCUGGAGGCUCUUGGGGAGAAUCCGUUUCUUGUCUCUUCCGGCUUCUCAAGGCUGCCGGCUUUCCUUUGCUCAUGGCUGCAUCGCUUGGAUCCCUGCUUCUGUCAUCACAUCUUCUCUGCCUCCUUCUUUCCCUUCUAAGGACCCUUGUGAUUACAUGGGGCCCCUCUGAAUAGUCCAGGUUAAUCUCCCAUCUCAAGAUCCUAAAUCUAGUCACACCUGAAAAGUCCCUUUUGCCAUGUAAGGUCACAUAGUCACAUGUCCUGGGGAUUGGGACAUAGACAUCUUUGGGGGUUCGGUAUUCUGCACCCCAAGGUUCUGAGUCUGUCUCCUGGGGUGGAGCGCAGGAAUCUGCGCCGUGAAGAACCCCGUGACUAUUCACCGGGGGCUCCUAGAGCACACAUAGGGGAGCCCCUGCUGCCCCUCUCUCUCUCUCUUCACAAGAAGAUGAUGCCAUUGGCAGGACGAAGUCCUUGUUUCCAUUUAGUAAGAUGAAAAGCUCAAGGCUGAGAAAGGUGAAUUUCUAAUUCAAGGUCUCACAGCUUUAGCCACGUGCCCUUGUCCCCACUCCCAGUAAAUAUCCUUUUCACGACAGCCCAGGCAUCCGCGGUUCUCCUUCUACGUGGUGGCGCUUGCUCUGCUCCUCUUGCACUCGAGGGAACCAAGGUCCGAGACGGGUCACGUGGCCUGGCCGAGGCUCCACUUCCUGGGCACGCCUUAACCCGGCUCCCCCGGGAGGUCUAGGAGACCUCAGACACCCCCGCUGCAAUCCCGCCCGCACGGAGACGUAUCCUUAGCAAUCUGCGGAGAAACACUUUCUACCACAGAGUGAGAUUGAUGGGCUACAUUAAUUUCAAACACGCGAGACAGAAAUGACAUCUAAGCCUUUUGGUGGAUUAUCUACACAGAGCAGGCUGAUGGGAGGCAGGGGUGUGGUGGUGACAGGCCUCUUCUGUUCCAGUCCCAGGAGGAAAAAAUAACAAAGGAGACGCUGCGUUGCUGGUGCGCACGUGUGCGAAUGAACACUAGGGGGCAGAGUUUGUCCAGGAAUGGGAGCGCCCGUGCCGCUUUCCUGUGCUUUUAAGGACGAUUUUAGAGGGGCGAGCUGAUAGCAGGAAGGAGGGUCAUUGCCUUUAAUAGCUUCUUAGUCAAUAGGUUUCUAAUUGGGCUGUUAAUCUGGAAAUAAGUAUAAAAUAAGAAACCCAGGGGGUGGAUUGAGAGCGGAUGCAAUGUGAAUAAUGAACAUCCCACGAAUGACUUUUUUAAAGGGUCAGUUGUCUCAUAAUCUUUGUUCUUCUCUUGACCGCUACAUGGCAAUUUGUCGUACGGAAGUAGGUCUCAGUAUUGAGAAAUGCCAAGUAAUAUUUUAAUGGUUUUCUAGUACAUAGUUUCUGCUGCUGAAAAACAUUGAGAAAUAGAUAUAUAUACAUUAAAUAUACAUCUGCACAUAUAUAUGCAGAUUAAUGUGAUCACGUACUGACCCAUAGACACUCCUCCUCACACCCGCUCCCAUGCUGUCUCACCACCAGAAUGGAACAAGCACUGCAGAGGUGGAAGGACAACAGCUACACGCUGAUCCCUUGCUUGGGAGUUAACCCCAAUAACACGCGACUCAGCCAUCUGUUAAGGCAGUGACAUUUAGGCAUGUUUGAAUCUACAGUGGCCUGAGGAGAUUCUCUUGUUUAGAACACUAGUAACUACCAUAUGACUAUAGUUAAUAACACUGUACUGCGUGUUUGAAAGUUGCUAAGAGAGUAGAUCUUCAAAGUUCUCAUCACCAGGGGAAAGAAACUUUUGGGACUAUGUGUGGUGAUGAAUAUUAACUAGCCUUAUUCCGGUGAUCAUUUUGAAAAAUGUACAAACAUUGUAUCAUUAUGUAAUGCACCUGAAACUAAUAUAUUGUUAUAUGUCAAUUAGACCUCAAUUUAAAAAAAAAGAACCAAAAACAAACAAAACAAUAACUACCAUAAAUGAGAACUCAUUAGGUACCAGGCACUGAGGUUUUCUUGCAUGAUCUCACUUAAGCAAUAUAACCCUAUAAGAUAGAUACUAUUAUUAUUAUCUUUAUUUUCCAAUUGAGGAAACUGAAACUAAGAGGGGUUAAGUAAGUUGUCCAAGAUUAGCUAGCUAGGAAGUGGUUCUUCCAAGACUCAGACUGAGAUCUGACACCAAAGCCCAGGUUCUUAGCUCCUGUCAUUCUGGAAGCCCGAGCAGUCCUCUACUGAUGGAAAAAUCCUGGGUCAUAUGUUCUGACACUUUACAUUCUAAUCUGAGCAUGGUGCUGAUUUGGUCCAUAGUCUUAGGAAAGUGAGUCCACCUCUCUGUUGAAACCUAAGAUCUUAUAGUGAGGCAAGUACUGAAUAACUCAAGCAGUCAAAAUAAAUAUAGUAUAACCUGUAUGUUAGAGACUUGGGGCAUCAAGAGCCCAGAUUAAUGUAGAGUCCAGGGCUAUCAUCGGCCUUGAGAUCUGCAGGAACCUGGCACUGGGUUCAGAAGAAGGAAGUUUCUGUAGUACGGAAAUGUAACAGGCUGGUGUGACCUGAGUAGAAUUAUCCUGUCAAGCUCUGGGUUUAAGAAUAUGGAUGGAUCCCUCUCCUGCUCACGGGCCCUAGAGUUUGGGGGCCGUAGACGUGCAGGAGGAUGGCCAUAUGUUGGGCAGACAGACCUGUGCAUUGGACAAAUGCUGUCCAAGGCUGUCACCUGGGGGUUGGCUGGAAGAAGUCACAUGUUCCUUAAAGGACCACCAGAAGCCUACUGGCACUGUGCCAGAGCACGCCCCAGGGCCACUUGGCCAGCCACAGGGAACAGCAGUCCUGCCACUGGCAAUCACAAAGAGGCAUACUGAGCUUUGGCUUUUCUUCCUCUUCCUCCAAAGCCAGAAGGGUUAGCAUAGGGAGGGAGGGGAGUGGGGAAGAGAAGACCCUGUCUCCCCUCCACUUCCCCACUCCCAAACCUUCUAAAGCCUGUGACCUAGUCUGCGUUAGAGGCAAAGAGGAAAGCUUUGGAUCAAAUAAAGAUUGAAAUUUUAAAUUGAACAGAGCUGAAGCUUAAUAACUGAAGAGGAACCAUCUUGAUAACUAAAAUGAUGAAAAAUUAUAGAAUCAGACUGGUAUAUACAUAGCUAAUGGAGCCUGCUACCCAGUGGGAAAAGGCGGUUCCACAGAGCAUAACUGAUAGAUCUUUUUUGAGGGGGGAGAAUCCUUUUCAUGUUUAUUCCCCCAGAGAAUUGACAAUCUCCACUAAACCUGUUGCUCAAAGGAAAAUCAAUAAAUAAUACAUAUUCUGCCACAGGUGAAAGACUGGAGCCCGCUGUUCCAAACUGCACAGUUACAUCCUGCGCAUGCGUUGGUAACAAGGCUCUCCAGGACCUGGGUCUUGCAGGAGCAUCUUGGGUACCUCAGAUAAUGGCGGAAAACGCCAAGGGUUUCUCUUCUUAUCAAGAUUGUAAUUAUAUGUCUUUCUUCUGCUUUCACAACAAAUGCUAGGUUAGGAUAUUUGUCUUCUUAAGCGCCCUCCCUCUGCUCAAAGACUUCUGCCCUCUGAGAGGUCUGGAUUAAUCCCCUCCAUCUCCCCCCUGAACUUUCAGAGCUCAUCUUGAACCCUGGGCUUCAGAAUGGCUAACACAGUAUGAACUUAAUUUGCAGAAAUAAUUAUGAUAGUCUCCCCCCAACUCUGAGUUCCUUCCACCCAUUGACUAUAUAGAUUUGGGCAGUACAAGAACCCAUAGACAGAUAUAUCAGUGGAAAAAUGGAACCAAGGACUAUAUCACAAUCCACUCUGUGAUAAAAGAUGAUGUCAUCAAUUCAUGGGAAGAGGAAAGAAUAUUCCAUAAAUAGUGCUUGGAUAGUUGGUUAACUACAUGUGGAAAAACAAAAACAUUUAAAUUCUCACUUCAUACCCAUCAAUUUCCAAUGGAUUAAAGACUUAGAGGUAAUAAAUAAAAGAAUAAAAAUGCAGAAGAAAAUGUAAGUAAAUAUUUACCAGACCUUGAGAUUGGGGAAUAACUUUACAAAGAUAACAACAAUAGAGAAAUCACAUAAGAAAACAUGAUAACUUUGAAUAUAUAAAAUUUAAAAAUGUAUACACUUUUUAUAUUUAAAUAAUAUAAAUACGGUAAAAAAGUAUGGUGGUAACAUGGCCCAUUAAUCCCCAUUGCACCAGCUGACAGUGAGCCAACAGCCAGUAUGUGAGUGAGACCAUCCUAGACCAUCUGUUCCCCAGCUAUGCCACCAGCUGACAGCAGAUGCAUGAAUGAGCCCAGCCGAGAUCAGCUACACCUGGUCCAGGUCAUCAGCUACGUCUUGCUGACCCAUAGAUUUGUAAGCAAUAGUAAAUGUUUUCUGGUUUAGAACACAAAGUUUUAAGGCGAUUUGUUAGGCAGAAUUAGAUAAAUGAUGCAAAAUGAAAAUGACAAAUUGGAACAAGUCUGUGCAAGAAAUAUGAAAGAUAAAGAUUAAAAUCUUUAUUAUGAAAUGAGGUCUUAUAAAUCAACAAGAAAAGCAACAUCUGCCACAGAGAAAUGGCUAUAGGACAUGAGGAGAUAAGUCCUUAAGGAAGAAAAAGAAAUGGCUUAAUAAACUAAUGGGAAAAGAUUAGACUUCACAAAAAUGAAAAGUGCAAUCUGAAUAUUAAACCACAUACGUAUUUUUUACUUAUUAAAUUAACAACAAUGUAUUAAAAUAUUCAAUCAUGAUGAGUGUAGUAGUGGGAUGGGCACUCUCAUAUCUAUGUAUGGAAGUAUAAUUAACAAACCAUUUUUUGAAUGUAAUUUAGCAAGAUUUAGAGAAAGCCUUUGGGGCAGAUGCAGUUGGUUGGUGUGGAACACUACAUUAUUGUUCCCAAUUCCUCAUCAUGCUCUUUGCGUGAUUCUGUAGUUCCUUUUCCUAGAAGCAAAGUGUACUUUCUUGCAUAUUGACAUUGUGCUUGGCUUGUGGCCUGUUUUUGGCCGAUGGAGUGUUAACAAAUGUGUCCUGCAAGCAGAGGCUUCAGCAUCCUCUGGUUUCAAGUUUGUUCUCUUGCAUUUCUCGUUUUACCACAAGAAGAACUUCCCCUGUGUGCUCCUGCCCCUUCAGUCUGAGACCCAGAGUGAACACGUGGAUUUGGGAAGAUGGAAAUGGCAGUGGCAGAACAGUGUUUGGAACUUGCAUAAUCUCCACAUAGAAACAGAGAGCACUUGAGUAGCAAAACCAAAAACCCACAGAUCUUUUCCAACAAAACCAGGUGAGAAGGGAUCCCUGUGGACUCUGAAAUACAAGCAGGUGAGGAGAAAUCAUUGAUAGUCACAAGAAAAGCAGUGGGACAUCUAACAAACCUGAGAACAAGAAACCCCUAAAAUAUCUAACAGGUAUUCACUGGAAAGCUCAGCAAGCUAGUUUUAGGACAACAGCUGAAACUCUGUGCCGACUACAAUUAGCAGGUGAGUACACAGUCCUGGAGUAAGUCUAGCCCCUGUGAACUCUCAAAACUCACCAGCGAGGGCUCCCUUUGAGGACAGGGCCCUUCCCUGAGGAUACUGCUGGGAGUGGGAUUAAAACUGAGCAGACACCAUUGUAAAGCAAUUAUACCCCAAUAAAGAUGUUAAAAAAAAAAACAAAACUGAGCAGAACAGGCACUGUAGCGAUGAAGGAAAGAAAGUCCAGAUAAAAGUGGAUGAGGGGAACAUAUCCAGGAACUCUUACAAAGCAAGCUGUUAUAUUUUUGCACUACAUGAAACACAACAGAAUGAGUAACUUUGUGAAGUUAAAAAAGUUAUCCUUGGUAAAAACCUCCUUGUAAGAGGUCAAAUCUUAUACAAAGUUAUUCUAAGAAAAAUUAGAAUAAGGAGCAGAAUAAUAUCCCUACAGAUAAUGAAAGCAGGCCAGAAAUAUUUGCUUUAAAAAAAUAAGAAAGAAAAAGAAGAAAAAUUUAAUGUACUAUUUCAAAAUGAGCUAAAAGACAU